AUGGAGCUGGGAAAGGCAAAGCUGUUGAGAACUGGCCUUAAUGCUUUAUAUCAGGCCAUUCACCCUGUAUAUGGAAUUGCCUGGACAGAUGGGAAGCAGGUGAUACUGACUGCUUUGUACUAUCAUAAUGGAGAGCUAAAAUUUGGAGAUUCAAGCGUCGUUGGUCAGUUUGAACAUGUUCAUGGGCUUUACUGGGGCCCAUAUUGCUCUACAGACACUCCAGCUCUGCUUGCUGUUCAGCAUAAAAAGCAUGUUACUGUUUGGCAGCUGGGCUACAGCACUAUAGAGAAGAACAAACCCUUGAUUUCUCAGACUUGUGAAGUCGGUGAACCUUUUCCACUGCUUUCCCAGGGCUGUGUCUGGCAUCCAAAGAAGGAAGUUUUGGCUGUGCUUACAAAAAGAGAUGCUUCAGUCCUGCAUGCUGUUCGUACUGAUAAUGCUAGAGUUAAGGCAGACAUCAAAAGCAGUGGGCUUAUCCACUGUGCUUGCUGGACUAAGGAUGGCAAUCGUUUAGUAGUUGCUAUAGGCAGCGCCCUUCACUCCUACAUAUGGGAUGAUGCUCAGAAAACUCUAAAUACCUGCUCCUUUUGCCCGGUCUUUGAUGUGGGAGGUUAUAUCUGUGCUAUAGAAGCCACACUGGAUUUCCAAAUUGCUGUAGCUACCGAGCUUCCUUUAGAUAACAUCUGUGGUUUGAAUGCAGGCAUUGCAUUCGACCUGCCAUCUGGUACUGAAACUGGUUCUGUCAUCUCACAGUUUGCUGGUGAUGAGGAGUACUCCAUGGACCUACGAAGAAAGUCCAUAGAUUCAGACAGAUCCUGUGUGGAUUCAGUUGCUUCAUCUUCCUCAGGUCCCGUGGAUUUAACCCACAUCCUGGCAAACCACCGCCGCUCCGAUCCCGGCCCUCUCAUUGCUCUGAAACGCAAAGACUCUGCAGCAACAAAUGGUCAAGAUUCUUCUCACCUGAUCUUAGUGACUUUUGAGAGGAAAGUGACUACCACCAGGAAAGUCACCAUCCCAGGGAUUCUGGUUCCUGAUAUAAUGGCUUUUGAUCUUCGAGCUAAGAUCGUGGCGGUAGCCUCUAACACUUCAAACAUUGUUUUGGUGUAUUCAGUAACUUCGUCUUGCAUGCCUCAUAUUCAACAAAUACAGCUGGAAAAAAAUGAAAGACCAAAGGGACUCUGCUUUUUGACUGAUAAACUCUUAUUGAUUCUGAUUGGGAAGCAAAAAUUCCCUGAGCCAAAUCUCAUUCCAUCUUCUAGUUCGGACAGGUAUGUAAUACGUCUGAUGAUCAAAGAGCUGAUGCUGGAAGAAUAUUCUUCAGCAUUGCCUGGGACUAAGCAGAAUAUGCUUUAUAACUCAGAAUCCUCUGUGAAUAUUCCUGGAAAAAGGAAGUUCUUUGAGAAUCUUGCCACAGAAGACCAACCUCAAAGCAGGGAGCUGCUAAUACCAAGAAGAACAGUUAUUCAAUCUCCUAGUGGCAGGAGAAGACUCAUUGAAGAAGUAAAAAGCUCAAGUUAUGAGCAGAGUUCUUCAUCAAGUGUGAGAGACCUGGAUGAAAAAAGGCUCCUAUGUCACCCUUCAGUGGCCUUGGAAACAUUGGAUGCUGAGCCUAUCAAUCGUUCAGUGUCUCUUCUUGGUUCUGCAACAGCCACCAGGCUCUCCAGAAGACCAUCUUCCCCUAAAGUGCAGUUCAAUAUAAUCCAAGAAACAUCAAAUUCUCCAAAAAACAACAGUUUGAUGAGUGAAAGAGGAAUGAGUCACAUAUCGAGAAACUUAGAGAGACUCUGUGGCAGCUUCAGUGAGUUACAACUGAGUCUUUCUGAAAUCACAGACUUUGCUAAAAAUGGAAGGAAGAGAUCUCUGGCCUACCCUUGUUCACAGGAACCACCCGUCGUUCAUAUCACUUACCAGAAAAGUGUUUCAAAUGGAACAGUCACUGAAGAAACAAAAGAUGUUCUCCUCUGUGAUGGGAAGAUCCACUUGAGUUUAGUCCAGCAGCUGUUUGAUCUGCCUGUGAUUGAAAUGAAACAUGGCUCUUCUUGGAUCGUGCUCACUGCAGACAUGGACGGGUUUGUGCCAUUGAUAUUCAAAGCAGCACAGGAGAUAAUCAUAAGGGAUGGAACUGACAGUUCAGAAGUCUGUGGAGGUCACUCCUAUAAAAAACCCUUUACAAUGCAGCCACCAAGCAGAGUGACAUAA